AUGGCAGUGUCGUGUUUGACUCGAGGUCUCCGCUCCUUGACUGUGUCCCCGUGUCCUCUGCUCUCCUCUCUGGCUGUGACACAAGCUAAAACUGGAGGGCAGUGUAUCAACCUGGGACUAUGCAAAGGAUUUCAGACCACAGCUGCACUGGAGCAGAACAGAACAAACUGGAAACAGACGGAUAAAUAUACAAUCAGACCUAUUGGGAAAAAGAAGACUGGAGGCAGAGACCAUACAGGAAAAGUUCGGGUUCAUGGCAUCGGCGGUGGACACAAACAGCUGUAUCGAUGUGUGGACUUCCAACGCCUGAGAUAUGAACCUAACAAAGAGGACAAACCAUUCGAAGAAAAGGUGGUCGAAGUGCGAUACGACCCCUGCAGAUCAGCAGACAUCGCUCUGGUCGCUGGAGGAAAUAGAAAAAGAUGGAUCAUUGCGACAGAGAACAUGGAAGCUGGGAACAUCAUCAAGACCUCAGGAGUCAUUGGACGCAUGGCGGUUUCUGCAAAGGAAGGAGAUGCUCACCCUCUGGGAGCUCUUCCGGUGGGGACGCUGAUCAACUGCCUGGAGAUAGCACCAGGCAGAGGAGGGCAGUUCAUCAGAGCAGCAGGCACCAGUGGCGUCCUGCUCCGUAAAGUGAACGGAACAGCGAUCGUACAACUUCCCUCUAAGCAGCAAGUUCAGGUCCAGGAGAACUGUAUUGUGACAGUGGGGAGAGUGUCCAACAUCAACCACAAUAAAGAAAUCAUUGGAAAAGCGGGUCGCAAUCGCUGGUUCGGGGUCCGUCCUUCCAGUGGGUUGUGGCAGAGGAAAGGUGGCUGGGCUGGACGCAAGAUCAAGCCUCUGCCUCCAAUGAAAAGUUAUGUUAAUUUACCCUCAAUAGCAGCGAAGUAG